GAAGGCCAGGCUUCCGCUGUCUCUGUCCCUAGGUCCUGUCUCUUGUCACAGGCUGGGGCUUGAGCGGAAGGAAUGACACAAAAGCUCGAAGGUGUCAAAAGCCCAGGCUGAGGCCUUAGCGGCCCCAGAUGUGGGCACUGGGACACCGAGCCAGUUAUUUUGGGGAAGCUGGAACCCUCAUUUCUCCUACUCGGCACCUCUAUAGUAGGUCUUCAGAACGGUCAGGAGCUUGCCUGGGUUUGAAUGGCAGCUUCACGACCAACAGCUGUGCUGUCAUGAGCAAGUUACUUAACGUCUCUGAACCUUAGGUAAAACGGAGGUGUGGUGAGGAUUUUAAUAUGGAAAGCACUCAGAAGAGUGCCGGGCAGGUAUUGAUAUACGAGCUGACAUUCCUCCAGGGUGGUUAAUGGUAGGACACGGGUAGGGGCUAUUUUGAGAAUGGAAUCGCAGAGCCAUCAUUUCCAAUGCCUUCAGUGAAGGAGCUGUUUCUUCCCUUGGAGAUAUUCAGAUUCAGCCUGUGGGGCAAGUUGUGGGAGGCAGUUACCAUAGAUCAGACAGCGGUGGAGACGCACAAGACAGGCCAAGCCGGGGCUCUGGUUCCCUCCAGGACAUCCUGCUUCAGAGGGUGGGGGGUGUACCCCUUUCAUCUCCAGCCCAUCCAAGCUUAAGUGGGCGCCUUCCUGCCCCAGGGGCGCCCAUACCUGGUCUCCGGCCUUCAAAGCUCUCCCAGCAGCUUCUGCACCUCCACAGUUUCCUUUCCCACGAGGCCCCCCACCCACCCCAAUCCUGCCAGCCCCUGGCAGAAGCCCAGUUUGGAGCCUUUGAUCCAGGCUUCAUGGCCAAGGGGCUGGAGGGGAGGGCAGAAGAGCCUCCUUUACCUGGGCAAACUGCUCAGGGAGUCCUGAGCGCCAGCCUGUGAGACUUGGCCCCAUGCCGGCCUCCUGGCAGCUGGUGGAGGGCGGGGCCCUGCUCCCACAUCGCCUCAUGAGGCCCAGCCAAUAGGAGGCCGCGGUCUGAUGCGCUGCCGCACAGGGUCACUCGCAGUCAAAUCGGGUUCCUAGGCGGGCAUUGCUGUUCAGCUAGCUGUCUGCCUAAGAGGAUGGAGUGUUUGGGGAAGGCUGAGGAGGAGCCCUGUUCUCUGAGGAGACGAUGUGACGGGGUGGAAGGAGGAGGAGGGCCAGCAAGGCCUCCCUGUGAGAGGGAGACCUGAGGACUUUUGCUUGGAUCAUCUUUUCCACUCCCCUGGCCAUCAUUGCCUACUUCCUCAUCUGGUUCGUGCCUGACUUCCCACUAGGGAUGGAAAGGUCGCAUGGGUUCCUUUGGUACCUGCUUUUCUACUGCCUCUUUGAGACACUGGUCACGUGUUUCCACGUUCCCUACUCAGCCCUCACCAUGUUCAUCAGCACAGAUCAGAGUGAGAGAGACUCCGCCACGGCCUACAGGAUGACUGUGGAGGUGCUGGGUACAGUGAUAGGCACGGCGAUCCAAGGGCAAAUUGUGGGCCAAGCCAAAGCCCCUUGUCUCCAGGACCAGAACGACUCUGCAGUGGCCUUAGAAGCUGUCAAUCGCACACAGAGCACCGGCUCCCUCAAAGAAACGCAAAAUGCAUACCUGCUGGCAGCAGGGAUCAUUGCCUCCAUCUACGUCAUCUGCGCCGUCAUUCUGGUUCUAGGCGUGCGGGAGCAGAGAGAGCCUUAUGAGGCCCAGCAGGCCGAGUCGAUGCCCUUCUUUCAGGGCCUCCGGCUGGUCAUGAGUCAUGGCCCCUAUGUCAAGCUCAUUGCGGGCUUUCUUUUCACCUCCCUGGCAUUCAUGCUGGUGGAGGGCAACUUUGCCUUGUUCUGCACCUAUACCUUGGGCUUCCGAAAUGAGUUCCAGAACCUCCUCCUGGCCAUCAUGCUCUCGGCCACAUUCACCAUUCCCAUCUGGCAGUGGUUCCUAACCCGGUUUGGCAAGAAGACAGCUGUCUAUGUUGGGAUCUCAUCGGCAGUUCCUUUUCUCAUCUUGGUGGCCCUUAUGGAAAGCAAUCUAAUCGUCACUUACGUGGUGGCCAUAGCAGCUGGUGUCAGCGUAGCAGCUGCCUUCCUGCUACCCUGGUCUAUGCUGCCUGACGUCAUCGAUGACUUCCACCUGAAGCACCCUCACUCCCCUGGCACCGAGCCCAUCUUCUUUUCCUUCUAUGUCUUCUUCACCAAGUUCGCCUCUGGAGUCUCUCUUGGUGUCUCUACCCUCAGUCUUGACUUUGCCAAGUACAAGAAGCAGGGCUGCUCCCAGCCAGAACAGGUCAAGUUUACACUCAAUAUGCUGGUGACGAUGGCUCCCAUCAUCCUCAUCCUCCUGGGCUUGCUGCUCUUCAAGAUGUACCCCAUUGAUGAGGAGAAACGGCGACAGAAUAAGAAAGCUCUACAGGCUCUACGAGACGAAGCCAGCAGCUCAGGUUGCUCUGACACAGACUCCACAGAGCUGGCCAGCAUUCUCUAGGACCUGCCACACCUCACCUGAAGCUACUACACAAAGGACCCGAGGCACCAGGCAGCAUGCGGCACGGGAUCUUUUUGUCCUCACACUGAGCAGCUGUUCUUCCUGUGUCAAGACAGGGACCAAGGACUGGAUGGAGGGUGAGCGGUCCAGGACAUCUGUGCUCACUGCAGGGCUGGUCGCUCUGUGACCUCCUCACCGCCUGCCCACAGGGCCAAGCCCGAGGGCUGCAACUGUGAAUAUGUCAAGGACUGACUGGGCCUAGCUCAGAACACUAAUGUAGAAACGUUUUAUACAGAGACUAAUUAAUAACUUAAUGACUUAUGUACAUAGUGAUGUGUGUAUGUAUAUGUCUGUGAGCUAUUAAUGUUAUUAAUUUUCAUAAAAACUGGACAACAAAGCUGCCUGCUUCCAGCUCCGUUCUUAGCCAUCCAUGGAGCCCUUUGUUGUGACCCAGAUAGUCCAUGGGCUCACAGAGCCACAGGUGCCAGGGAAAUAGGACAGUGCGCUGAGGGCAUGACAGGAGCCUUGACUGACAUUUACUCUGUGCCUUAUGCUGGCUUGGCACACAGUUCAUUGUGAUCUCAGUGGACCUGUGGAGCCUUUGUGUCAUGGCAGGAUUUGUCCCUGUCUUAAAGAUAAAAGAUGAAAACCCAAGCUCUAGCAUCGAAAGGGAUGUGGCUAAAGUCACAUGGCAAAGAAUGCUGUCAAUGGUGCUCAGUGUCAUCUCUGGGAGCCUCUUAGCCAUGUAGCCACGGCUCCCCGUGUCCCCAUGUGUGAAAAAUCACAUGUGUGUUCGUCAUCACGCGUAUACCUGAGGCUGUGGGGCUAGGUGUAUUGGUUGUGGGUCUGUAGUGUCCCUGGAGACUUCCCAUAACUGUUGUCAGUAAUGUUGAAGGUGGAGACUGUUUGUGUCCAGGUGUGGUUGUUGGGUAGUGGUGAGUCUGGUCGGGGGAGGCCUAGUUAAAGUCCCAUUCCUGCAGUGUAACAUUCCCACUGUAGCCAAUCCGAGUUACUCUUGCUUGUACCAUCUUGUAAGUACCUGAGAAAUUAAUAGUUGGCUCUUACAAGUCUGCAAGGGUCACCCUACCAUACCACUGGGUUGCACACACCCAAGUCAAGCUCUGAAAACACGGGAGAAAAGCUGACAGGACCAGGAGUGACCCUGAGGGAAGUGUUGGGAUUGAUUUGUCCUUGAAUUUGGGGUCUGUGGUUAUGGAUAAACAUGAUAAUUUUCAUAAA